GAAAAAAAAUCGCAGCACGAAACGAAGAUUCCCUCACCAUUCCCCACCACAUCCACGUCUAGGGUUUCCGCCUUCCCGAAUCCUCCGCUCGCCGCCGCCAUGGGCUCCGGCGACGAUGAGCGAACCACCACCGCCUCUAUGCACCACCACCGCGACAAGGACAAGGACCGAGACCGCUCAUCCUCCCGCCGCAACCGCAACAAGGACCGAGAGCGCUCCUCCUCUCGCCACCACCGCGACGACAGGGACGGCGACCGGGACCGCCGCCACAGGGAGAAGGACCGGGAUCGCGAGGAGAGGAAGGAUCGGGAGGAGAGGAAGGAGCGGGAGGAGCGGGAGGAGAGGAAGGGGCGGGAGCGGGAGGAGCGGGAGAGGGAGAAGGAGAAAGAGAAGGAGCGGGAGAGGGAGAAGGAGAAAGAGAAGGAGCGGGCGCGGGAGGAGCGGGAGCGGGAGAAGGAGCGGGAGCGGGCGCGGCGGCGCGAGGAGAGGGACCGCGAGGAGCGGGAGAGGUCGAGGCGGCGGGAGGCGGACGGCGAGGAGGACGAGGACCACGACCACAAGCGCCGCCGCCGGUCCUCGCACCACCACCGGGACGCGGAGGCGGAGGCGCCCAGGGAGGAGGUGGACGAUGAGGAGGCGGAGAGGCGGCGGCAGCGGAAGAAGGAGGGCAUGGAGGCCGAGCAGCAGCGCCUUGAUGACGAGAUGGAGCGGCGGCGGCGCCGCGUCAAGGAGUGGCAGGAGAAGCGCCGCGAGCAGCAGCAGGACGAUGACGCCGGUGGUGCUUCUGUUGCUUCUGUGGCUCAGGCUGAUGGCAAGGAAGGGAAGAAGUGGACCUUGGAUGGCGAGGAGUCUGAUGAGGAGGUGGAUAAGGAGGAUGGCAAGAAGUUAGAGGAGAAUGGUGGCACUGGUGACAUGGAUGUUGAUUUGCCAAAUGGGGUUAGCGAUGCCAAUGGUGGUGCUGGUAUGGAGGAGGACGAGAUUGAUCCGCUCGAUGCGUUCAUGAACACCAUGGUGUUGCCGGAGGUUGCGAAGCUGGGGAGUGCUGCGGUAGCAAUGGACAGCGUGUCUGCUGCCGGUGCGGAUGACAAGAAUGAUAAGAGCGCAAAGGAUGUUGUUAGUAAUGGAGAUAAGAAAGGGCCAAGGAGGGUGAUGGGGAGAAUUAUGCAAGGGGAUGACUCGGACUCGGAUUAUGAUGAUGCUGAUGAUGAUGGGGCUGGAGUGGAGGAUGAGGAAGACGAGGAGUUCAUAAAGCGCGUCAAGAAGACAAAGGCUGAGAAGCUGGCAGUUGUUGACCAUUCGAAGAUUGACUACGAACCGUUCCGGAAGAAUUUCUAUAUUGAGGUGAAGGAUGUUACGAAGAUGACAUCUGAGGAAGUGGCAGCCUAUAGGAAGCAGUUGGAGCUCAAGGUGCAUGGGAAAGACGUGCCCAAGCCAAUAAAGGCAUGGGUACAGAGUGGGCUGACAAGCAAGCUCCUUGACACCAUCAAGAAGCUUGGUUUUGAGAAACCGAUGCCUAUACAGGCACAAGCGUUGCCGGUCAUAAUGAGUGGACGUGAUUGUAUUGGAAUUGCAAAGACUGGAUCUGGCAAGACUCUAGCGUUUGUCCUUCCGAUGCUGAGGCAUGUCAAAGACCAGCUGCCUGUUGUUCCUGGAGAUGGUCCUAUUGGGCUUAUUAUGGCUCCUACCAGAGAACUUGUGGUGCAGAUACAUUCAGACAUUAAGAAGUUCUCUAAGGUGCUUGGCAUCAACUGUGUUGCUAUCUAUGGAGGUUCUGGGGUUGCGCAGCAGAUUAGCGAACUGAAGAGGGGGGCUGAAAUUGUCGUUUGUACACCGGGCAGGAUGAUCGAUAUCCUUUGCACUAGCAGCGGAAAAAUUACUAACCUUCGGAGAGUGACGUUCUUGGUUAUGGAUGAAGCUGAUAGGAUGUUUGACAUGGGUUUUGAACCUCAGAUUACUCGGAUAGUUCAGAACACACGGCCAGAUAGGCAGACAGUACUUUUCUCUGCCACUUUUCCACGGCAGGUGGAGAUACUGGCACGUAAGGUGCUGACUAAGCCCGUCGAGAUUCAGGUGGGUGGGAGGAGUGUCGUGAACAAAGAUAUUGCACAAUUGGUUGAGGUGCGACCAGAAAGUGAGAGGUUCUUCAGGCUGUUAGAGUUGCUUGGUGAUUGGUUUGUUAAGGGGAAAAUUCUUGUUUUUGUCCACUCGCAAGAUAAAUGUGAUUCUCUACUCAAAGACUUGUUCCAGCAUGGAUAUCCAUGCCUGUCUCUACAUGGUGGUAAAGAUCAGACUGACCGUGAAUCAACUAUUGUUGAUUUCAAGAGCAAUGUCUGCAGCUUGCUGAUCGCGACUAGUGUUGCUGCUAGGGGUUUAGAUGUGAAGGAACUUGAGCUGGUUGUCAAUUAUGAUGUCCCUAACCAUUAUGAGGAUUAUGUUCAUCGUGUUGGGCGAACGGGUCGUGCUGGUAGAAAGGGCUUUGCUGUGACUUUUAUUUCUGAGGAAGAGGAGCGGUAUGCACCAGACCUUGUUAAGGCUCUGGAGCUCUCUGAACAAGCUGUCCCAGAGGACUUGAAAGCCCUAGCCGAUCGGUUUAUGGCAAAGGUGAAGCAGGGAACAGAGCAGGCCCAUGGUACAGGUUAUGGUGGUAGUGGUUUCAAGUUCAACGAGGAAGAGGAUGAAGCACGAAAAACCGCAAAGAAGGCUCAGGCAAGGGAAUAUGGAUAUGCGGAGGACAAAUCAGAUUCAGAUUCUGAUGAGGAAGGGGGGGUGCGUAAAGCGGGAGGUGACUUGGCAGCACAAGCUAUUGCCAAUGCUCAAGCAGCUGCUGCUUUGGUUGCAAACAAGGCUGCUAGUAAUGCUAAUCAGCAAAUACCAGGAUCUGCGGCAGUCCCCUUGAUUCCUAUACUCGCUGCACCUAACCAACAAAACGACGAGGCCACAGCUCGUGCACUUCAGGCUGCACUGAACUUACAGCAAAAUCUUGCAAGGAUACAGGCCCAUGCAGUACCAGAACACUAUGAGGCUGAACUUGAGAUUAAUGAUUUCCCACAGAACGCUCGCUGGAAGAUCACUCACAAAGAGACAUUGGCUCCUAUUCAGGAUUGGACUGGAGCUGCUGUCACUACAAGGGGAACAUAUAUUCCUCAAGGAAAAAUUGUUGGUGCGAAUGAGCGCAAGCUGUACCUGUUUAUUGAGGGUCCGACUGAGUCGUCUGUGAAGAAGGCGAAAGCAGAAUUAAAACGUGUCCUUGAGGAUUGUGCCAACCAGGCUCUGAAUCUUCCUGGAUCAGCUCAAACAGGAAAGUAUUCUGUUAUUUGAGUUGCAGAGAAGAUUAGGAAUGGCCAAAUGUUGGAGAUGUAGGGACCUUCUUGAGAAGCUUAUGAUGGUUUGCACACCACAACGCCGUCGUUGGAUUGCUACUUCCUAUAUCUGAAUUGUCUCCAGCUACGCAAUUAAUUUUUAACCUAAGUCUUUAUAAGACACCUAAUGGUUACUUAAUCUCAUGGUUAUUAUGGAAAUUGUCUAACGCCAUUGUUGGAUUGUGGUGCUUCGACAGUUUCUACUGACGAGUUUUGGUUGCCUUUGGACAGAAGGUUUAGAAAUCUGGCGGUGGCUGGCCUGUUAGUGCCGUAGUGCAAAGGAAGGUGCUCAGCUUUCUGGCGCGGUUUUGAAAGUGCUGGUGUACAUAUUUGCCUAUUGGGAAGCUGAGAAGCGAUAGUUUUCUCUUUUGAUGCACUGUUGUUGUUGCAAGCGGAGGAUCAGCGUAGAUAUGUUUAUGAGGCGCCGCUGCUGUUGCUGGCUGAGGAGGCUGGACUACGCUUGUAUGGUUCCAUUUUCAUAACAUUUUUCCAAACUUUGCCUCUGAUCUUAUGGAGACACUCCUUUUCUUAAAAAGAAAAGGAUAAUUGAAUAUGAACCAGACAAUAUGACAGAAAUGAUAGCAGAAGGAGGGGUUAUCUUUCGGCGUGGAUCCACAAAGCAUCGAAACAGUGGCGUCGUUGUGUUGUGUGGCUCCUCUGAUUUUCCUGGUUGGCUGGGUGUCGCCGAGCAAGCUCGGCGUCUCAGAAUGACAGAAUCUCGUCUUGGGCUACUCCAGUUCUACUACAUCUCUGUUGCUGCAUUCUUGCUCUCGGGAUCCUAAGAGCUGGUAUGGUCUUGCUCCUAUCAUUCUCAUUCCCGAUCUCCAUCUAACCUUCCUUGCUGCUGGCCGUCAUACCCCGCCAUUGCUCCGGCGAGCACCAUUGCCACUACCAUUCUCUGGCCGUUUUGAGUCCGACCUGGAGCUUGCAGCAACUUGGAAAGCGUCAGUGGCCAUUUUCUGGGAAGAAUUGGACGAUGGUGUUGCUUUUUGUGGCAACUAUUUGUGUCCCUUACACGGAAUUGGUUAACGGCUUGUUUCAGCCUGCUUGAUCACUCUAAUUAACUGUGACCAAGGGAAAUUUACUGUCGGCUGCUUGAAAGAAGUGAUGUCUCGAAAGUAACCACGCACAGGGAAGAAAUUAGAGAUAAUUUUCUAUAUGCUACAGAAUGUUAAUGAAAUUCUUGAUUUGUUACUGAAUCAUA